UACAUUUUAAAAUAUUGCUUGUACACACUAGUAUGAACCCAAUUUUGAAGAAACCAUCGUUUUUCGGUUACCCACUUCAAGCUUCGAGGUAAAUUCGAAACUUUAACGAAUUCGUAACUAUUGUUGAUGAAAUUGAGAUGUGGCUAUCAUUGAUUUACCUGUAAGUAACACAAAAAUAUACUUUUUUUUUUGUUGAUGACAAUUCUGAGGUUGAAUCAUUAUCUAUUGGGAAAAGCAUUAGCCUCCCAUUUUUGUGUUAACAAUUUGUCAUGUAUUGCUUUGAAUCUUUAUUCUGUUUCGGGUUCUUAUUCAACAACUAGUUUUGAAGCUCAAAAUAAGGGUAAAUUCAAUGACAAUUUCAACGAAGGUUUUGGGAAAGUGGGUUAUGGGUUUUCUGGUGAAUUAGGUUUUGCUGCAAGUGUAAAUGAUAAUGUAGAAGAAGAAGAAGAAGAUGAAGAUGAUGAUGAAGUGGGAGGUGAAGGUGAAGAAAAAGAAAGUAGUGAUAUUGAUGAGAGUCUUGAGUUUAUUAGUUCAUUUCAUGGUAAUGAUAAUAAGAACAAACAGAGAGAAAAUAUUGCAAGAUUUGAGAUUGAUGAGAGUGAAUUUAGACAUCCAUUGGUUAGGGAAGUUUGUAGGUUAAUUACACUUAGGUCAACUUGGAACCCUAAAUUUGAAGGAAAUUUGAGGCAUUUAUUAAGGAGUCUUAAACCUCGACUUGUUUGUGCUGUUUUGCGGUCUCAAGAUGAUGAAAGGGUUGCUUUGAAUUUUUUUUACUGGGCGGAUCAACAAUGGCGUUAUAGACAUGACACUAUUGUAUACUAUACAAUGCUAGAUAUUCUUAGCAAGACUAAGUUGUGUCAAGGUGCAAGGAGGGUACUUCGGCUUAUGAGGCGCCGAGGAAUUGAAUGUUCGCCUGAGGCUUUUGGUUAUGUGAUGGUGUCUUACAGCCGUGCAGGGAAGUUGAGAAAUGCUUUGCGAGUUCUGACCUUGAUGCAGAAAGCUGGAGUUGAACCUGAUUUGUCUAUAUGUAACACUGCUAUCUAUGUUUUGGUGAAGGGUACUAAAUUGAAAAAGGCGUUGAGAUUCUUGGAACGAAUGCAGGUGGUUGGAAUUGAACCCGAUGCUGUCACUUAUAACUGCUUGAUCAAAGGUUACUGUGAUUUACAUCGGAUCGAUGAUGCAUUGGAGCUUAUUGCAGAAAUGCCAGCUAAGGGGUGUCCUCCAGAUAAAGUUAGUUACUAUACUGUGAUGGCUCACCUCUGUAAGGAUAGAAAAGUUGAAGAAGUGAAGCGUUUAUUGGAGAGUAUGGUUCAGAAUAGUAAUUUAAUACCGGAUCAGGUUACAUAUAAUACAAUAAUCCACACACUUUCUAAGCAUGGACACGCAGAUGAUGCUCUUGCUUUCUUAAGGGUAGCAGAAGACAAGGGUUUCCACAUUGAUAAGGUUGGGUAUAGUGCAGUAGUCGACUCGUUCUGUAAAAAGAGGAGGAUAGACAAAGCAAAGAGUUUAGUGAUUGAUAUGUACUCAAAAGGCUGUAAUCCUGAUGUAGUGACAUAUACUGCUAUUAUCGAUGGAUUUUGUCGCAUAGGGAAAAUAGAUGAGGCGAAAAAGAUGCUGCAGCAGAUGUACAAACACGGGUGCAAACCAAAUACUGUAACAUAUACAGCAUUGUUGAAUGGCCUCUGUCACAAUGGAAAAUCAUUAGAGGCUAGGGAUUUGAUAAAUGUAAGUGAGGAGCAUUGGUGGACCCCAAAUGCCAUCACUUAUAGCGCUGUGAUGCAUGGACUCCGUAGGGAGGGAAAAUUGUCCGAGGCAUGUGAUUUGAUAAGGGAAAUGAUUGAAAAAGGUUUUCUCCCAAACCCAGUCGAAAUUAACCUGCUAAUACAAUCACUCUGUCGAAAUCAGAAUGUAGUAGAAGCUAAAAAAUACUUAGAGGAAUGUCUGCAUAAGGGCUGUGCCGUAAAUGUUGUAAACUUUACUACUGUAAUUUAUGGUUUCUGUCAGAUUGGUGACUUAGAUGCAGCUCUAUCAGUGCUAGAUGACAUGUAUUUGAGCAAUAAACAUCCUGAUGCUAUCACAUACACAACAUUGUUUGACGCAUUGGGGAAGAUAGGUAGGUUAGAUGAGGCUGCUGAGUUAAUAGUGAAGAUGCUCGGCAAGGGUCUGGACCCUACUCCAGUAACUUACAGGUCAGUCAUCCACCGUUUUUGUCAAUGGGGAAGAGUAGACGAUAUGAUGAAAUUAUUGGAAAAAAUGCUUGCUAGGAAGCCAUUUAAAACAGUAUACAAUCAAGUUAUUGAGAAGCUUUGUGAUUUCGGGAACCUUGAAGAGGCUGAGGAACUACUAGGGAAGGUUUUGAGAACAGCAUCAAAACUUGAUGCUAAAACAUGCCAUGUUCUAAUGGAAAGCUAUUUGACUAAAGGGAUGGCUAUAUCAGCAUAUAAAGUGGCUUGUCAAAUGUUUAGACGAAAUUUGAUACCUGAUUUAAAGUUGUGCGAGAAAGUGAGCAAGAAACUGGUGUUAGAUGGUAUGUCAGUGGAGGCUGAUAUCCUUAUGUUAAGAUUUGUUGAGCGUGGAUUACAACAAAAUGAGAUGCAUCUGUGAAGUUGGAUGCUAUUGUAAAACUUGAAUGUUAUAGCAAUGGUUCUAUUUUCAAUUCUAUU